UUAUAUAAACGUAUAUCAAUCGUUCACAGUGAACCAUUUGGCUGUUCAACUUCACCGCGGACAAGUUUCUACCAACAAAAUUAAAGGCAAUUUUCAAAAGUCUUGUUUUGAGUGAAUAGAAUAACAGUUGUACACCAAACUGUGUACAUCAUCAGUUGUAAUCAGUACAUAAUCGUUUUAAUAAAAUGCAAAUAACUCGUAAGAUUUGCAAAUUUUAUUUACUAGCGGCGUGUUUUGCACUGUCGACGAGUGCAAGUCCAAUACUGGUUAAUGGGUGUGAAAAGUGCAGUUAUUCAGUGCCGCCUACUAGUGAUUUGCCUGGCGUGACGACGACGUUCACCGACGAACACGGACACGUUGUUACUCAGGUAAAAAAAGAAGCUUUUAAUAACGACAACGGUCAAAAUUCGCAUAUAGUCGAAAUCGAAGAAAACAAACAAUUGCCAAACGGUUAUUCGAAAAGUUUCAAGAAGGAGUAUUCGUCGUCCAGCGUGUCAGGAGGAGUUCAACCGGCGUUCAUACAAAAACCGUUGGCAAUUGACGGGUCGUUCAAAACCAAAAACCUAUCGUUUGGAGGAGGUAGCGCCUUCGAACAAAACAAUCACCAGUCUCUAUUGUCUGGCAAUUCAGGGUACAUAGGGAUUGCAUCGGGUUCGCAAUCUUCGGCUAAUCAAGACUUGAGCAAUAUACCCGGAGUCACGACGACGUUCAGAGAUCAACAAGGCAACAUCGUCACGCAAGUAAAGAAAGAAGUAUUCAACAACCAAAACGGUCAAAAUGCCCAUGUGUUGGAAUACGAAGAAAACAAACAACUGCCAAACGGUUACUCGAAAAGUUUCAAAAAAGAAUACUCGUCUUCCAGUGUAACGGGAGUUCAACCUAAAUUCGUUCAAAAACCAUUGGGAAUCGACAGUUUGUCAAUGGGCGGCUUCGAACACAACAAUCACCAGUCUCUGCUGUCUGGUAAUUCAGGGUAUUUAGGCAUUACACCGGGUUUAAGUUUAAUAGGAUCUCAGCCAACCGUUUUACCACAGCCAAUAGCGUCCAACAACCAUGUUUUAUUCCAAAAACCUGACGAGUCGAAACAAUUAAACGGUUACAGUACUUUUUUUAACACCAAACAAACUUCUUCCAACAUAAAUGUGUUGCCUUCUGUUUAUCCUACAAGUCAAACGCAAGGACUCAAUACGAAUGAACCGGAUUGCAGCGAAACGAGCCAGGUUAAUGUAGACACAAAUUUUAACGGACAAAAACAGUUGAGCUUCACCGAACGAGGUAAUAAUAAUUAUCAAACAUCUCAACCUCUUCAACCAAAUAUUGUUUCACAUUCGCAGUCUUACCAUUCUGAAAAGGUAAUCAAACCAGUAAUUGGUCAACAGACUGUCGUCCCUGUUGGACAACAGAGUUUGAACAUAGAUUCGCUUUCGACUUCUAACACUGCAAGUAGCAAUAAAUUUGAAAAAUACGAAUCUUUUAACACACAGGAACAGCAGUUUGGUCAACAGUCAGUAAAUAUUGACGAUAUAUCACCGACCUCGUCGCAAUUAAAUCAACAAAAAGAACCAUUCGGUCAAUUUUACAAACCAAACACGCAGGUUGGCCAACAAAUUCAAAACCAAGAAUCGUUUUAUACUCAAAACCACAACGCGGCUGGUCAGCAAGUAGUCGAUAUUAACAAACAUUUUAACACAAAUCAACAAGUCAACAUUGGUCAACAAACUGUCUCCGGCGAUUUUUCCCAAUCAAAAUUACCGGUUGGUCAACAAUCAGUUGAUAUAUCCCAAUUUGGCUCGCAGAAUCAGGAAGUGCAGUCAUCGUUCACAAACUCUAAUAGGGAUGCUAAAUUAACAACUGAUCAACAGUCUCAAGGAUCAGGCGGAAUCUUUACAUCCAAAUACGGAGGUACACACAUUCUUGAUCUAGGAACACUUGGUCAGACAUCGACAGGAAGCAUUAAUCACCAAAAUCUCAAACCAGCGGGCCAAGAAAAUGUGUUGAAUUCAAAUUAUGGUCAACAUUAUACAAACGGGAAAUUGUUCACUUCUCCGGUUAACACGCAUGGUCAACAGUCAGUAGUCUUUGAAAGUCAGCGUGUGGUUGAAAAGAACAUUGAUCUAAAUCGACCAGACUAUGGGCAACAAUUCGCACAAAACGUAGGAUACCAAUCAUCAGGUUAUUCAUCGAAUGGAGACAAAUUAGUAUCAGUAAAUGAUCAAACGUCUAAUGUUCAAUAUAAUAAGGCGUUCAACAAAUUAGAUCAAUUGGAGCAUGAAGUUUUAGGUGCGCAAAAUUCAAUGAACUUACAAAAAGAUAAUGUUCAAACAACCUAUUCGAGUAAUUACAAUUUAAAAAGCAUGCCAAUACAAACAGGCCAUCAAGAGUCCUAUUUCCAAAAAAAAGUUGAUGAACACGAACAAUAUGUAGAGCCACUGUCUGAAUACAACCCUGCUUCUACUCAAGGUCAAUAUUUUGCAUCUAGCUCUUAUGUACAAAAAAAUACUGGAAAAGCGAGUAACAGUUAUGACGUAGAACCAACUAUGUUAGUUCAACAGAAGGAAAAAAUUGAAAAACAUUUUGAAGUUUUGCCUGAAAAUAAUACCAACCCCCAACCACUUUGGAAGAGAAUUGGAGAAAAAGUAUCUAAUUCUUUUCAAGCAGCAAGAGGUAAAGCCCAUCAAAUAGCUGCUACUAUUGAAGAAAAGGUAGGAUUUUCACAAAACACUGAAAAACCAUGUUGAUAUUGUUCUUAAAAACUAUAUAAAUUGUAUUAAUUUAUAAUUGAAAUAGUUAAAUAACUUUAUUUAUUUAAAAGGUACUUAUUUCAUUAUUUAAAAUACUAAUAUCAGCUAAUGAUAUGAAAUAUAUUUAUUUUAUAACCAUAAUUUAAUUUAUUAUUACUGGAUUGUAAAUAUUAUCAACUAUUUAUUUCUAUAUAAUAUUGUAAUAUUUAUUUAAACUUGUAAACUAUACAACUUACCUAAUAACUUAAUUUGUA